UCUCCUGUGAUCGAUGAACCGCUUUUUUUUUUUUUUAAAGAAUCGACUCGCGUGUUGAGUGAAUCGAAACAUUGCAAAUCCUUCAGCAUGCGCCUGCGUGCGUGAACAGGAGAACUUGGCAAGAGGUCGCGCGCGUACGGGACUAGCAACAACUCAUCCAUGCACAAUAGCUACGCGGUAUCUAACAGAGUCUUAACCGCGGGCACAGCUUCGCUUUUCCAAAAUGGCCGUGCGUGUUUAGACGGUUAAGAAUCUCCUUUCACCAUCAAAAGUCCCGUUGUUUUGGAUUAGAGUCAAACGAGGAGCUAUUUCGACGAAUUUCCCCUCCUGAGAAGUCGGUCUUGCUGGAGAAGAUCUUUUCCCCCGACGGUGGAGCUCGGCGACGACGCCGGUGGCUGAGUGUGUGUUUCGAAAGAGACGUUAAAUUUCUGUAUUUCAAUUAAUGAUUAAGUAAAGAAGGCUGCUAAAUGUUUGAGGUGCUUUUAGCUCCUGGGGCUAGCUAACUAACCGACAUGGACUGUCCCGACGGUUGGCAGCGCAGAACUGUCCCACUGUUUAUAGCUAGAUAGUUAGAUUAGCUACCCAACUUUACUCUGUUUAGCCGGUGAGCUAAAUUCGAGCUAAAAGGAGAGACUGCAGAAAUAUAUUUGUGACGCCGAGAUUUUAGCUAACGUUUUAGCUAAGUUACGAGGACGCAAUGCACGUCAGUCACAGAGCAAGCUGGCUAAUAUUCACACAGCGCCAGUGCGAAACUGUAGUGCUAGCAAGCUAGCUAGACGGAUCGAUUAACUUUGCCGAAGCUAACGAACUUAACGCUGCGUCCAGGGAGUCGGCGUCAACACCGAGCUAAAGCUGUGCGGAAAUCAUGUACUGUCCGUCCACAUUGCUGUGCCAAGACUCCGGUGUUGGACUGUCUCAUCCUCGCGAAUGAACUUGGAUAUUCGACUGGAAAAAAGAGGAGGAAACUAAUCAGCCGGGAGCAGUGGGGCCUGUGUGACUCCUGGGGGUGAAAACAUGACCGUGUGCGGCCGGGUGUCGGUCCUGACUCUGGGGCUUUACGCCGUGCUUCUCCUCAGUCCUGUCGCAGCUGCCCAGAGUGAGGAGAGGGAGUGUGCGUUUACUGACCAGCACCAGCAGUUUGAUGAGCAGAGUGUGGCUGGUGAUUGGCAUGUGUCACGGGAGAACAACACCAUCCUGUGCAGCAAGAGCAGCCGCUGCUACGGUCUCUGGGAGAAAACCCACGACGGUGAUAUUCGCCUGGUCAAACAAGGCUGCUGGACUUACAUUGGUGACCAGCAGGAUUGCCAUGACGACCGUUGCGUAGUGACCAACACACCGUCACAGAUCCAGAAUGGCACAUACCGUUUCUGCUGCUGCAGCACAAAUAUGUGCAACGUGAACUUCACUGAAAACUGGGUGUCUAGUUCCACCAUUGCCACCAUACUGGAACGACAGCCUAUGCACCGUAAAGACGCCAUUUUCAUUACUCUGGCAUCUGUCUCAGUCGUAGCCGUGCUCAUCGUGGCCGUCUUCUUUGGCUACCGCAUGCUGACAGGAGAACGUAAACAGGGUCUGCACAAUAUGGACAUGAUGGAGGCAGCAGCAUCUGAGCCCUCAGUGGAUUUAGACAGUCUGAAGCUACUGGAGCUGAUUGGCCGUGGCCGCUACGGCUCGGUUUACAAAGGCUCUCUGGAUGAGCGUCCAGUUGCAGUAAAGGUCUUCAGCUACACGAACCGUCAGAACUUUGUAAAUGAGCGAGCCAUUUACCGAAUCCCCCUGUUAGAGCACGACAACAUAGCCCGCUUCAUCGUAGGAGACGAGCGUCUGACAGCGGACAGCCGCAUGGAGUACCUGCUGGUCAUGGAAUAUUACCCACAUGGUUCUCUGUGUCGGUACCUGAGUCUUCAUGCCCUAGACUGGGUGAGCUGCUGCCGUCUCGCCCAUUCAGUCACCAAAGGACUGGCCUACCUACACACCGAGCUGCUAAGAGGAGAUACGUAUAAACCUGCAGUCUCACACCGGGACCUGAACAGCAGAAACGUUCUGGUCAAGAACGACGGCACGUGUGUGAUCAGUGAUUUCGGUUUGUCCAUGAAACUAACAGGAAACCGUCUUGUCCGACCCGGAGAGGAGGAGAACGCUGCUAUCAGUGAGGUGGGUACAAUCCGCUACAUGGCCCCGGAAGUGCUGGAAGGAGCAGUGAACCUGAGGGACUGUGAAUCAGCUCUAAAGCAGGUGGAUAUGUAUGCUAUUGGCUUGAUAUACUGGGAGACCUUCAUGCGCUGCACAGACCUUUUCCCAGGGGAGACCGUACCAGAGUACCAGAUGUCUUUUCAGGCAGAGGUAGGAAACCACCCAUCCUUCGAGGACAUGCAGGUUCUGGUUUCCCGAGAGAAACAGAGGCCAAAGUUCCCCGAAGCUUGGAAAGAGAACAGUCUGGCGGUUCGUUCCCUAAAGGAAACGAUGGAGGACUGUUGGGAUCAGGAUGCAGAGGCUCGUUUAACAGCUCAGUGUGCAGAGGAGCGCAUGGCAGAGCUGCUUCUUAUCUGGGACAGGAACAAGUCAGUCAGCCCCACGGUCAACCCGAUGAGCACAGCCCUUCAAAAUGAGAGGAACCUCACCCACAGUCGCAGGGUUCCAAAGAUGGGACCUUAUCCAGACUACUCGUCCUCCUCAUACAUCGAGGACCAUGAUGGCAUGGUGAAGAACCUUCCUGGAGACACGUCCACCUCAGGCACAUCCUCAGUGAGUGGCAUUGGUUUGAGUGGCCCUGGCACAGGGGGCACAGGAGAAAAGAACAGGAACUCCAUAAACUACGAGAGACAACAGGCACAAGCACAGGCACGUCUCCCAAGCCCUGAGACCAGCGGAGCCAGUCUGUCCACGAGCACCACCACUACCACAGCAGGCCUCACCCCCAGCACGGUCAUGUCCACCAUCUCUGAAUCAGCCCCAUCUGAGGAGGUUGGAGCAGGCCCAAGUGUGCCUGUCUGCCUGCAACUCACCCAGGAAGACCUGGAGACCACCAAACUGGACCCUAAGGAGGUGGACAAGAACCUGAAGGAGAGCUCUGAUGAGAACUUGAUGGAGCAUUCUCAGAAGCAAUUCAGCGCUCCUGACCCACUCAGUACGGGUAGCUCCAGUCUGCUGUAUCCGUUUAUAAAGUUAGCAGCUGAGGUGAACGCAGGGGCCGGAGGCGGGCAUCAGGCUGAAUUUGGAGCAGGUAGCGGUGGGGCAUCGAGUGUUGCACCCACCAUAUUUCCCCUUCCAAAACAACAGAAUCUCCCCAAGAGGCCGACCAGCCUGGCUCUUGGCUCCAAAAAUCCCAGCAAGGAGUCUUCAUCCUCCCGGCUCAAGUUUGGCAGACACAAGUCCAACCUGAAGCAGGUGGAGACUGGUGUGGCUAAGAUGAAUGUGGUGGCUGCAGCAGAGCCUCAUCCAGUCACGCUAACCAAUAACGGGCCAGGAGUGAGAAGUGGAGCUGGGGUGCUGUUGCUUAAUGGCUAUGCAGGUGGUACCAGUAGUGCCAGCAGCUCCUUAGGGAACACAAACCCAGCUGGGCCACAGGGUGAAGGAGGUGGCCUGCCUUUGCUCCAGAGCCAGCUAAGUGGGGAUGACAUUCGGCUGAACAUCAACAUCAACUCCAGUCCUGAUGAGCACGAGCCCCUGCUGCGCCGAGAGCACACAGGCCGCACCAACUCCAACAACAACAACAACAGCAACGUCCACACUGCAGUUUCUGCUGCACCAGUCACAAGAAGUGCAAUACCUGUGGGACCUGCUCCAGGAGAGCUGCAAUUACUGCAAGCAAAGGCGGAAGCCCCUCUGAGACAGGACAAACCCAGGAGACCAGAGAGACCCAACUCCCUGGACCUGUCGACCACUGCACAGGACUCUUCUGUGUCAGGUGAGAGCUCCUCUCAGGAGGGAAAAGCCGCAUCGGCGGAGAAGAUAAAGAGACGUGUGAAGACGCCUUACUCGUUGAAGCGGUGGCGCCCGUCCACGUGGGUCAUCUCUACAGAUACGUUGGAUGGAGAAGUCAACAACAACGGGGCAGGUGGAGGGCAGGGUGCAGCAGGUGCUACUCGCUCUAAAUCCAGCACUGCCGUGUUCCUGGUUGGAGGGGGAACUGCCACGGCAACCCUCUCCUCUGACCCGCCUGGCAUGACCCGCCUAUAAACUUUUACCCUGCUGAGAAACGGCCACAAGGAGCUUAUUGAUACUGGAGAGUUUGGCAGCAUGUUAUAGGAGGAAGAGAAAACAGUUUUCUAAGAUACGAUUUGCAAGCACUUAACAUCGUGGUAUUUCUUGAAAUUCUCUGACCUUUUUUUUGUUUGUUUGUUUUUUGAAGUAAUUGCUUUAAACCGAACCCAGCUAUGCAGCAUCAUUGGCUUAAAAUGCUUCCAUUAUUUUUGUUGUCCCAUUGUAAAUCAAAGUAUGAUUGCGUGUCUGGUUGUUUGAUAAUUACUUUCUUGUAUGUGUUGCACUUUUUUUUAUAAUCAUGAUCUUAAUCAUAUAGUUAUGUCUGAUGUCUUGGACCUUGUUUAAAUCUGGUCUUAAAACGAUUUAAAAAAAAUAAAUAAAAAUAAGACAAUUUUGGGGGUGGGGGAAAGAGAAAAUGACAAUUUGUUGAUUUAACAAUCAUGCUAGACUGUUUGUAUGGACGUAAAUGAAAUCUAGUCCAUAUAAAAGUUGAUAGAAGGUGCAGUGGUCUCUAAGACCUUUUUAACUGCAAUAGCAUCUGUUAUGUUUAAUGCAUAGUACAUUCACGCAUUUGUCGUAUGUAAUAUAUACACGUAUCCCCCAUGUUUGUAUUACAUUCUGAAAUGUGCAAUAGGCUUUAGCUUUGAGGUGCUCAUUUUGUUCUGUAUGUUGCAGCAUUUUCCAUUUGUUAGCAUAUUGUAAACUAAACGGUGCACUUACCUGGAAUCUUCUGUCUUUUCAAGCACCGCUGUCUGCAGUUAAGAAACAUCUCCUGUAUGACAAUCCCUUCUUAUCAAUCCUGAGAGGGAAAGGUAAAAACGAUUUGUGGGUGUGUGCGCGCGUGUAUGGUUUUUCUCCCCUGUCGGAGGUGCACAAGAAGUUUGAAGGAUGGAGGAUUUUCAAUUCUGUUACAAUCUGAAUCAAGCUCUAUCUCAGUCUGAUCUCUGGAAUAAUGUUCUCCCUUAUCAGCAGAGACCGAAGUACAUACUUCACUCAUUUAAUUGUUUCGAAAAGACGUGGACUAGGUUUCUGCAAGGAACCUCGUGGCUCUACGCGAGUGUGUUUACGUGAACAGUCUGACGCUUUACUCUCUGCAAAAGGAUCUGUGCGAGAGUGCUAGAUCAGAUGUGACUCGAUACUUCUGCAGAGGACUGAUAUGAGAAAAUGGACAAGUGUCGUAGGUUAGGUGUUGCUCUCUGCAUUCCAGUCACAAACAGCAGCGUGGACACCAAGUAUGUACUUCAAAUGUAAUUUAUAUCUAAUGUUACACUACAUAGACCUGGAACUAAAUGUGUACGUUAUUGUGCGUAUUACAGCUACUUUAGUUCAUCAACCUCUGUUUAUGACAGCUGUUCUGAAAUGACAAAUAUGGUCAGUUGUGGUCAUGGUCAUGUCUUGGAUAUCAGAGUAAUCUUGAAUUGGUGGUUAGCUUUCAUUUGUACAUAUGUGUACAAUCAUACUGUCACAGGGAGGUUGAGUCUAGGUGAGUGAUUUAUUAUAUGUGCACAUGAUGAUGCAUAUACAAGGCUGUUACUUCAGAAUUUAGUUGUUUUAUGUAUUUCCUUUUUUUUAACAGUGCCAAGGGCCAAACCUCAAGGCUGUAUGUCCAGAUACUUUAUUUUUUAUGUUCUAUUAUAUUAUUCUAAUGAAUAUCAUCAUACAUUGCAUCCCUUUUGAGUUUGUUGGUAGUUUAAGGAUUGCACGGUCAUCCAUCCAUGUGCUUCAGUAUCAUUCAUGCGUAUGAGCAGUUUGAACAAAUGUUGCUAGAUAAUCCUGGUAAACUAAACUACAUUUCAGUGCUACUACACUCACCCUUGUUGAUAAUUGCUGUGUGUUAAACGUUGCAUCACACAAUUUAGUGAAAUAUUCCUCAUUUUAAAUACAGUUGAGGAGUUUACCUUUUUUUUUUUCCUUCUUUGCCCACAAUUACUGAUGCAUUUUGCAGGCUCAGAUAUGAGCCAUUGAAAUAAUUACAUAGUGAUGCUCCAUAAUAAGAAAAACCUCUCGUAUUGCAAAGCAAAACUCGCCCUUAUAGAGACUGACUUAAAAUGCACAACUAGCAUACUUUAUGCUGUAAAUUUUCAGUUAUCCUCUUAAGUAAAAAAAAAAAAAAAAAAAAUGUGCCACUUAUCGCAUACCAGUUUAUUCACAGGACUAUGCGAGAAAACCAUUCACUGACAAACUUAUUAUUCAUGAAAAGUAUCUAUUUUACUUCCUCUGCCCGAGUUGUUUAAGCUGAAAUCUUAGUUUUGUAUGUAUGUAAUAUAGCUUCACCGAUGUGGUGUACAUAUCUGUAUAGUGUGCUUUUGCUUGCACAUAUACAGAAGGCUCAACUGUUGCUGUGGGACCAAGAACAAUGUUAUAACACUGUGAUAUUUAUCUCUAGAUAAAAUAGCACAGUUGUGUCAGACAGAUAUUACUAACUAACUUUUUAUGUACAUGCCAUUUUCAUCUCAAGCCAAACGGAAGCGAUUACCCCAGUAAAAAGGCAAAGAAGUGACUUGUUUUAUUCCUAGUUUUCAAUUACUGAUCAUCUAAAAAUGCUGAUAUAUCUAGCCCACAGGAUUACUGAUGCAGAAUAUGUUUGAGUCAAACCUCUGGUCUUCUUCUUGAAUUAUGUCACUGCUUUUUACAGCAUAUUGCUAAAUGAUUAACAUUUACAGGUGCCCGUGUACAAUGCUGAUUAGACUAAAACCGUGUGUGUUUUGUACUGAUUAAAUUGAGUGCAUUUGUUUAAGAGUUUAAUGCUUAGACUUUAAGUACCAGCCUUCACACCAUGUGGUGUUCUCUAGAUCAGUUAAAAAAAAAAAAUCUGGUUUAUGGAGAUCUCCCUUCUUCUUACAGAACUCUGUUCCAACCUUAAUCCAGCUGAGCUGAUCCGGCUAAUCAGGUAAACUGAUUAUCAGGUGCACUGGUGCUGGAUUAGGGCCAUAACUGAAUUCUUUAAGAAGGUGUGAUGUUUGGAAUUAAGAGGGUUAAUGAUUACUUCUCUAGAGGAAACAUGGCAGCUUUGGUCAUGAGGUUGUCACAUUCAAACUAUUUAUGUAAACACAGGCAGUGUUUGUUUUAUUAUUAUGUCGUCAUCUGAACUGUUCCCAUUUAUACCAGAUAAAUAUUAACCAUAAUGGAAGUCUAAUCAAGCAUUUUUAUAUUGAUUUUUCAUCCCCAAACUCACUAAAAGCAAAAAGAAAAUGUGCUGUUUUGUUAAUCCCAACAACCACUGCAGCUCUUUUCAAAUUCAGGCGGAUGCAAAAAUUUAGCAGUGUGUCAUUUUAUCGUCAGGAAUAAACUAGAACAGAUUUUCUUUACGUGUAUGUAUAGGAGAGAAUGGAAAGUGUGUUUGUUCAUGAUGAGCUGCUGUUUUUUUUUUCUUUCUUUCUUUCCUUUUCCUUUUUCAGUCCUCAAAUUCAUACUGAUGCUGUUGGCUCCACUGAGAACAGUGGCUGAGAUUAUUGCAACAAAAAGCCGCUGAAAUGUUUUCUAUUGCAACUUGUAAAGUAAGCGCUUUGAGAAAAGAACAAAUAACUACUCAGUUUAGUCUACUCAAAAAGAUAUAUGUUUUAAUGCCAUUUAGAAAUAAAGCUUGCUGUACAACCCUG